CGGUCCGUAGUUCAGACAACUUUCAGUUUCCAGUACUUCUCUUGCUUCUCAGACUGCCUUCUGCUGCUGCACAGAGACCCAGACUGCAGGCACAGCCCACACCAUCCAGGAGCCCAGCUCUGUGAGAAGGAGGAGGGAGGAGGCUCUUCAAUCUGGUAAAGCCACAGUGUCUGGAUUGGCCAGGGAAAUGUCAGAGACAGAAAUUCCAACCAGCCCGGCCUUGAAGAACACAAUGGAGAUCCCUGCUCUUGGCCGCCCCUUACACCUGGGGACACUGUAUGACUGUCGCUCGGAUACCUUGAUCCCUGGUAUCACUUUGUGGGACACGGAGACCCUCCAGAAAGAUGUGACAACAGAACAGCAAUACAAGACUGAAUUUGACAUCAUCACUUCUGACUCUAUUGAUGAGAAGACCAAUGCCAUGAAUGUCCCUGUUGACCUGAAAGCCAGUGUGCUGGGGGGGCUGGUUGAAAUAGGAGGCUCAGCCAAAUAUUUAUGUGACACCAAGACAUCCCAACAGCAAGCCCGGGUCACUCUCAAGUACAGUAGGAGUACAGUUUAUUCUCACCUAACCAUGAACCACCUGGGAUAUAAGAACAUCUCUUACCCUGAAGUAUUUGAUAAUGGCACAGCCACCCAUGUGGUCACAGCAGUGCUCUAUGGGGCCCAGGCUUUCUUUGUGUUUGAUCAGAAAGCUUCCACUCGUGAAAAUGUCAAGGAUAUAGAAGGAAUAUUGAAAGCUAGAGUAAAGAAGAUUCCCAAAGUAGCAGGAAAAGUAGAGGGAAAGAUGAAAAUGGCAGACAGUAAGAAAACAUCAAGCAAGGAGUUCAGGUGUAAGUUUUAUGGGGAUUUUGUUCUUGAGACCAAUCCAGUGACUUAUGAAGAUGCAGUAAAAGUCUAUGCAUCCCUUCCUAAGCUGCUCAGGGGCCAAGGGGUACCCCUCCAGGUCUGGCUGUACCCUCUGGAGAAGCUGAGCCCCAAGGCUGCCAAGCUGGUUCGAGGCAUCAGCAUUAGCUUGGUAUGUGAUGCCCAGGACACUCUGGAGAAAUUAUCUGAGUGUGAUAAGAGGUGUAAUGAUAUGCUGGAGGCACCAGAUUUCUCAGUCUUUCCUGCAACCAAGGAAAAGAUCAGGCUAUUCCAAGAACUAAAUAAGCAGCACAGACAUAUUUUACAGAAUAAUAUAGCCAAAGCCUUACCUGUGAUCAGAGCAGGCAAAGCAGAGGAAGAUGAGCUAACCAGGAUUUUAACUAGGGAAAGCCAGUCUCCAUUCAGCUCUAGGAGGCUCUCAGAAUUCCUAGACCAGAAGCUCUUGGAGAUGAAGGUGGUAAAUUCCUACCUCACCCUCCUGAAGCAGGUUCGAGUCAUAGGUGAAAAGAGUGAGUUGGACAAUUUCCUACUAGGCUCUCCUCAGAGAUUUGUCCUGGUGUUUGCACUCACCUCCUUGCAGGGGGAACCCUACUUAGCAGAUUGGAAACAGUGGCUUCGGAAUCCAGCAUCAUUUAAUCAUAACUGGGAGCAAAAAACAUACUCCUCAUGGGUUGAUGACAUAGAGAUAAGGAGAAGAGCAAUGCAAUUGGCAGAAUCUUUUUCAAUGUUUGCCAAAAUCAAUCAUUCCUCUGAGAAGACUCAAUUUGUUGUAGCAUCUAUCCCAGAAAAGGAGAACAAGGUGGGGUUCUCCAUUUACCUCUAUGAAAAGGGACUGCAGAUCAGCACCAAUUUUGAGCUACCAGUCAAACCUCCUCCUCCCAAGAUUGGUGAGGUCACACAUGACUGUGUGGAGCUCAAACUGACACCAGCCUCUGGGAACAAGGAGAGAACCACUGGCUAUCAGGUAGAGUACCAGGUUGUAGGAAAAGAGGACUGGACCACCAUCUCUGUGUCUGGAAAACCAGAGGUAUUCAAAGUGGGUGACCUCGAGCCUUGCACAGGGUAUCUCUUCAGGUUGUCUGAGGUGUGUGAGCAAGGGCUCAGUGAGAGCAGUGAUGUGAGCUCUGCUGUGAGGACACUUCCCCCAACCAGCCCUCCUGGGAAGCCUGAAGCUCUUGUGGUGGAACCACAGUCUGUAACCCUGCACUGGCAGGGUCCAAGUGUUGUUGGAGCAGGAGUCAAUAUCAAGGAAUAUAUCAUAGAGUACAUAGAGGAGACUGGGGCUGUGGGUGAGGAGGGGGCAGGAAAAUGGCUUGAACACAGAACAGGAAACAACAAGAAGUUCUGUGACAUUGAGGGACUGACCCCUCAGACUGUGUACAGGUUCCGAGUUUCUGCUGUGUGUGAUGGUGGCUGGACCAGUGAAAGCAGUGACAGGAGUGACCCAGUGAGGACCCUCUCUACCACAGAGAAAGCCACAGUCUCUGAUCCAGACAAGUGUGGAGGAGACUCAAGGGAGCCAGAACUCAGAAUUGUCCUUGUGGGGAAAACAGGGGCUGGGAAAAGUGCAACAGGAAACACCCUCCUGGGCAAGAGAGAGUUUGAGUCCAGGUGUUCAGCAAUGUCAAUCACCAAGGUCUGCAGGAAAGUCAGGACCACAUGGAAUGGGAGGAACAUUGCUGUUGUUGAUACUCCAGGCAUUUUUGACACUGACACUAAAGACGAAGAAAAUUUGAAAGAAAUAGCUCGUUUCAUGACACUGUCCUCUCCAGGACCACACGCUGUACUCCUGGUGCUGCAAGUGGGUCGUUUCACCAAGGAGGAGAAGAAAGCCAUUGAAAGGCUUUAUAAGAUUCUAGGAGCUGAAGCAGUGAAGUUUUUGAUCCUUGUAUUCACUGGGAAAGACAGACUAGGAGGAGAAAGCUUAAGGGAUUACUUAGAAACAAUUCAAGACUCAUAUUUCAGGAAGUUGUUGGAGAAGUGUGAAUAUAGAUGCUGUGCAUUUGACAAUAAUGCUAGUGGAGCCCAGAGAGAUGCCCAGGUUUCAAAGCUGAUGGCCAUGGUUGAGAAAACGGUGCAAGAUAAUGGGGGUACCCACUACACCAACAAUGUAUAUGAAUCUGUGGAAACGUUCCUGCAGGAGGACAUGGAGGUUCGUUGGCAACCUUACAAGCAACAGUUUGAGAGGGAGAGGGAAAAAAUCUUACAAAAGUAUGAGAAGCUAGUGGAAGAGUUGGAGAAAGAAAAGCAAAUGUGGGAGAAGAACAUGGGAAAGAAGCCAAAGGAAGAUUUUGAGAAGAAAAAGCAGAACUUGGAGAAGAAGAAGCAACAAGAGUUAGAGGAAUUAAUGCUUCAGUACAAGAACAAUUUUGAAGGUAUCCGAAGUGAGGCUGAGAAUAAUAAGUCUACACUUUCUAAAGUUAUGGGGACAGUUUUGCCCAUUCUUAUAUCAUUUGCGACGGCUGUAUAUUUCAAGAAGGCCUUCUGACAACCAGAAUCAUUUCACAUCUAGUUUCCACUUUUGGCUGCAUUCAUAAAGAUGGGCAGCCCUUGGAGAAUACAAAUCCCAGUGGCAGGAAGCCUUCACAAUUUAUUCCUGAUCCUCAUGUUCUGAUAAAAUCCUAAAUUCCUUUUAGGAUUAUUUCACCAUUAACCUAGAAAGCUAGGAGAAGGGGUGGAGAUGGGAGGACCUGAGUUCAAAUCUCACCUGAGAUAAUGUAAAAAUAUUUUUGAUGACUGGGCCUAAUUUUGGGGAACUAAUCUGUGGAUGACUAAUCUGGGGACUUUUGACUGGCUGGCUAUCUG